CCCACUCUCAGAACAAACUCGUAUAUUGACGAUUUUUUGUCAUUCAGUCGCGAUUAGAUAUUCUAAUGUAUCUAAAAGACGAUUCAUGAGAAUAUUGUCAAAUGCUUAUUUUUCAAUCGAAUUAAUACAUAGAAGUUUCAUAGAAGAUUAUCAAAUUUGGUUAUGAGAUACAGUUUCAACAAGUUUAUUUCAUACAAGUGAUAAAGAAAACAAAAGAACAAUGGUGAAUUCAGAAGAAAUUAAUGAAAUUAAUUCUUUAAUUGUUGCUCAAUUAACGGCUGAAAAAAAUAAAACGGCAAUACCAAUUGCAAACAUUGAACGAGACUAUAGAGAAGAAACGGGAGAACGUAUCCCAUAUGCAAAAUUAGGAUUUCCAAAACUUGUUGAUUACUUAAAGACUGUGCCGGGUGUUGAAGUGAUCGAAAUGUAUAAUGCUCAUUACGUGAAUUUUAUGGGGACUGAAGAUUCACAACAUAUCGUUGACCUUGUAUCGAAGCAACGAUAUAAAAAUCCACCAAGAAAUGCUCGACGUUAUACAGGAUAUACAAAAAAUUCAUCAAAUUCAUAUGGAUCACGUUCGUAUGGAUCAUUAACAAGAACUAAUAGAAAUAUCACGGAUAAUAUUCUUUCUAUAUUAAGAAGAUAUUCAAACGGAUUAACUAGGACGGAAUUAUUGCAAAAAUUGAAUUAUGAAUGUGCUUUGGAUGAAAAUCUAACCACCUUGAAUGAUUAUUUAAAAAUUCUUGGCAAACAAAUUACAAUAAGAGAUAAAUUAAUCUAUGAAAAUAUAAGAAAAAAAUCUGAUGAUAGCCAUAAUUCUGGAUAUUAUCGUUGUGAUCAAGUUGAUUCAACCCGAUUUAAUCAUUAUGAUGCUAAUUAUCAAUCGACAUACACGAACAAUAAGACACGAUCUAAUCCCAUGAAAGAAGAUUUAGACUAUAACGGAUUUAUUGACCUAGAGACUAAUCAAUUUUGUGUUACUGAAAAUGAUCUUUUACACGAAAUAAAGGCUUCUGACUGUAACAAUCAUUAUAAUAGUGUUGAAGAAGAACACCGCAUGAACUAUUCAGACAUGGCUAAAUUACAUCAACAAAAUAUAACACAUGAAACUUUGUUAUGCUCAGACAAUUCUGAGAAUAUAAUCGAUACUACGAAUCGACGAGAAUAUAUCUUUUCACAAAACAAAGAUUAUGUAUCAACUGCUCUGAGUAAACGCGUAAAAUUUCGCUUAGAAAAACUCAUUCAAAGUCGUCCUCAAGGAAUUUGGUGUACUGAGUUACCUAAAUUAUAUGAAGAAGAAUAUAAAAUUCCUUUAGAAUGGACCAAUCUUGGAUUUCAUCGUCUCAGUGAUUUCACUGCUCAUCUUUCUGAUAUUUUUCAUGUUAUUGGACCUCAAUUGAAUGGCGAUUUUAAACUCUAUAAUGCAAAAGAACCUGUACCUGAUGACAAACCGUCUAAAAUACCCAAAAAAUUAACUACAGCAUCAUUGUUUGAUAUAUACGGUGAUGUUGACAUUGAACCUAUUCCAACGAGCGUUCCUGCUAGCUUCAGUAAACAAUUAUGCCCAGAUGACGUUAUCACCAUUCAAGAAACGGUUGGGCAAGUUUUAGUCACUGAUUUGAAAAUAAGUAAUAAUGUUGAUAAAAAUGAAAAUCCAAUGGUAGAAGUAGAAGUUGUUGAAGCGUAUUCUCCAUCAUUUUUCUGGAUCCGUUUGUUAAAGAAUAAAAAUAAAUUCAAUAAAAUGAUGAGAAGCUUAGGAGAAUUCUACGUCAAUUAUCAAAAAUAUGCAGUUCCCAUAAUUAUGUUGGAACGAGGAUUGAACAUUGCCUGUGUAUUCUACGGAAAAUGGCAUAGAGCAAUAAUAAAAAGUGUUGAUCCUAACUGUAGAGUAACAGUAUUGUUUUAUGAUUAUGGUACUGUAGAUAAAUACCCAUCUAAUGAGAUAUUUUAUCUUCAUCGAUCAUUUACGGCACUUCCUGCUCAAGCUGUUCCAUGCGGAUUGUAUAGUGUUGCUCCUCAUGAGGGUGAUAAAUGGCCAAAAAGAGUUCGAGAUUGGUUCACUCAAUGGGUUUGUGAAAGACCGCUAUGGGCAAAUAUAGUUGAAAUAGAUGCUGAGAGAAACUCAAUGUUAGUUACUCUAGCAGAUACUUCAGGGAAAGAUGAUUUUUUUAUAAACGAUUGGUUAAUUGAUAAGAAAAUGGCGAAAGUUAAAAGAAUGGUUCGUAUUCGACUGAAAAAUUUUCUUUAUGAACGUUAUUUGCAGUGUGGGAAUAUUGGAAAAAGUUUAAAUAUUCAAGUAGUCGAUGAUCAAAAUACUUGCUCAAUUCCUACUUAUCAUGAACUAACAUCUAAAAGUCCUUUAUCUCGUCGUAUGAGUUUGCUCCAAAAACUUUGUAAUGUUUCUAAUCACUUUGAAUCUAACAAUAAAACAAAUGUACAAGAUAUUUGUCCUACUUGUGGAAAUUGCACAACAAAGUUUAUUGAGCAAAAAUCAAAAACUGAUAAUAAUAGAGAAACGUCUUUUGAUAAAGUAAUUUCUUGGCUCAAAAAAAAUAGAAUGCAGCAAGUAAAAAAUAUUGAAGAAUUAUCUGUAAAUUUAAAUAAUAUGAAGAGCUUCCCAACUAAAGAUAUAGUCAAAAGAAAAGAUAUUAAUUCCAGUUUAGAAAACUCUUAUGGUGUGGAAGACAGUAUUUCUUUAGGAAAAAAAGUCAUAGAAAAUGAUUCCACAAAAGAAACUCAUAAUAAUGAUGUAGACAACAAUCGAUUCGAUAGUUUUAGAUCUAAUCAAUUAAGUUGCAAUAAUCAUUCAAUAACAUCAAUUACUCCACAAAAACAAUCAUUUUUAAUACGUGAUUUCCAACCUUCUGAUCAGAAUUCAGAUGAUGCAUCUGACAGUAUUGCUCAGUGGCAUCAAAAAAUAGAACCUAUCAAUUGGGAUGAAAUUAAAACCGCAAUAAAUACAGAAUCGAAACAACUGGAUCAUAAUUCGGUAACAUUACUUAAAAAUCAAUCGUUUCACACUCAUGAAUUAUCAUCAACACCGAAAGAAAAAAAACUUAUAUUAAAGAAAAUUAAUGAAUCAUUCAAAAACUUCAUUAAAGCAUAUCAUCCAUUAGAAACUUUUCAAGAAGAUAUAUUACAUUUGAGACCAGAACAUGAAAUCGUCAAGUCUGACGUGAUAACUCCUAUGGUAAUAAAAACUUUAAAUAUUAUUAAUAAAUCCUACGAAUCGAUUGACGUAACAAUUCCAGAUGCUAUAAAAGAAAUAACGCAAAGUAACUUUCAAGAACCCGUUAGCAAUAUAUCAUUCAAUGAAUCGUCAAAUGAUUUAUACAAUGUACAAAACGAACUAACAAAUUCUGGUCUUGAAGACAAAAAUAGAAUAGAAGAAAAAAGAAAAGAUGAAGACAGAAAACAAGUACUUGGCCAUUCAGAAAUUUCAAAGAAUAAUACAAUAACAGAAGUAUUGAAUAAAAAAGGUGAAAUCGGGAAAAAAGAAAAUAAUAUCCAUAAUUGUGAGGCAAAUACAGAAAAAUUAAAUUAUUUUUAUCGUGCAGCUAUUGAAAAAAAUUUGUUUGAAAGAUUAAAUCGAGUAGAUUUCAAAUCUGAUGAAUUUAAAGACAACUCUGAAUUAGAUUCGGACGAUUUCGAUUAUUCAAGUACUGAAUUAUCUGGAAGUAAAAAUCAAGAUGGAGAAGAAAACAGAGUAGAAAGUUACAAAUCAUUUCAGGAAUGUAAUGAAGAUAACAACAAUGAUCAAUGUAAAAUAAUGGAAAUAUUUCCGAUAAAGCAAGACAAUGAAAUAAAUAUGGACACAAAUCAAGAAUUAACAAUUAUAAAAACAAAUGAUAUUCCCGUUUUUAAUGACAAUGAAUCUUUAACUGACGAUAGUGAGAUGGAUGUUUGCAUAGAAUAUGAUUUCUUGAGUCAGUUUUAUUAUCAACAGACUAAUUCAAAUAAAAAAAAAUGUACUCUGAAAGAAAUCCAUUCCGAUAAUGAUUCUGACGUUAAUAUAGAUGAUAAUGACGACGAAUUAAGUGAAAAAUCGGAAAAUAUUUCUCUAUAGUCUUUUUGACCAUAUCGAAGAAAUCUUAGAAUUUUAGUAACGAACUUUGACAAUUUUUUUUAUCUAUUUUUUAUUAUUUUUUCUCGAGUUAAACGAGAAGUCAGUGUACCAAUAAAAUAUCAAUACAUGGAAAAAAGUUUUAUAAGAACAGUAUCUAUACAGCUUGGGUAUGUUGAGAACAUAUCACAUACUGUAAUAAAAAUAACUUAAAAUUUGGGCACUUGUUAGUAUUUUUUAGUAUAACAGAUUUCAUUACAAAAAGUUCUUCCGUGAAUUCUUCGAUAAAUUUUCAAAAAAUAAGUAAUUAAUUUUAUGUUUUCAA